UUAAUUUUUUUUUUAAACCUCCCGAUUUAUUCGUCUUUGGUGCUUAAAAAAUCUAAGAGAAAACUGAAGAAAAUUCAAGAAAUUUUACAAUCAAACGGAGAAAGGAUAAAUUAUUGAAACGAAAUCAUGAACGGUUUAAGAUUAUUGAGAAAAAUUCCAGUAGGCCAGUGGCGUUCAUUGUCGCGAUGCACAAUUUUACAACAAGAAGUUGUGGAAGCGAUCUCACCCAUAAGCAUUCCUCCACCGGAAGGUAUUGAUAAGCCAGUUUCUCCUAAAAUCGAGAAGAUCGUGUCCGAUAUCACAAACCUAAACUUGCUUGAAGUAUCUGAGCUUAGUAAAGUCCUAAAAACAAGAUUGAACCUCCCCGAUGCACCUAUGAUGCCCAUGGGAGGGUUUGCUGGUAUGGCAGCUCCUGCGGCACAAGAUGAGGAAGAAGCCACACCAAAAGCAGUGAAGACCAGUUUUACUGUGAAAAUGACUAAAUAUGAUGAGAAACAGAAGGUACCACUUAUCAAAGAAGUGAAGAGUCUUCUAGAAGGAUUCAACUUGGUCCAAGCAAAGAAGUUUGUGGAGAGUGUACCCACAGUUGUCAAGGCAGACAUUUCCAAAGAUGAAGCAGAAAAGUUAAAGGAGGCGCUGUCAAAAGUGGGGGCUGUAAUAGAAAUUGAUUAAGAUGUUUUAUUUAGUUAAUUAUUUUUAGUAUUUUACAUAAUUUAGACUUAAAAUAUAAGCAUUUAGAAAUUUC